ACGGGGCCCGGCCGGGCACAGCCCGAAAGAGCGACGUGGGGCCGUCCUCAAGUGGACCCACCAUCCGCGGGAGGAACCGUAGGGGGCCGGUGCAGAGUGGAUUGGGCGGCAGUCGAAGGCGGGAGCCUGGGCGCCCCAAUCCCUGGAUAACCAAUCUGGUUAUUGGGACAUGGAAUGUCACGUCACUGGGGGGAAAGGAGCCUGAGCCUGUGCAGGAGGUCGAGCGGUACCGGCUAGAAAUAGUCGGGCUCACCUCCACACACAGCCUGGGCUCUGGAACCCAACUCCUUGAGUGGGGCUGGACCCUUUUCUACUCUGGAGUUGCCUGCGGUGAGAGGCGGUGGGCUGGUGUGGGCUUGCUCAUAGCUCCCCAGCUUAGUCGCCAUGUGUUGGAGUUUUCCCCGGUGGACGAGAGGGUCGCUUCCCUGCGCCUUCGGGUGGGGGAUAGGUCACUCACCGUCAUUUGUGCUUACGGGCCGAAUGGCAGUGUGGAGUACCCGGCCUUCUUGGGGUCCCUGGAGGGAGUGUUGGAAAGCGCUCCAACUGGGGACCCCAUCGUUCUUCUGGGAGAUUUCAAUGCCCACGUAGGUAACGACAGUGAUACCUGGAGAGGCGUGAUUAGGAGGAACGGCCUCCCUGAUCUGAACUCGAAUGGUGUUAUGUUAUUGGACUUCUGUGCUAGGCACAGUUUGGCCAUAACAAACACCAUGUUCGAACAUAAGGGUGUCCAUCAGUGCACAUGGCACCAGGACACCCUAGGCCGGAGGUCGAUGAUAGACUUUGUAGUCGUUUCACCUGACCUUCGGCCAUAUGUUUUGGACACUCGGGUGAAGAGAGGGGCUGAGCUGUCAACUGAUCACCACCUGGUGGUGAGUAGGAUCCGCUGGCAGAGAAGGAGGCUGGAACGACUUGGCAGGCCCAAAUGUAUUGUGAGGGUCUGUUGGGAACGCCUGGCUGAACCCUCUGUCAGACGGACCUUUAACUCACACCUCCGGGAGAGCUUCGACCAGAUUCCGAGGGAGGUGGGAGACAUAGAGUCCGAGUGGACCAUGUUCUCCGUCUCCAUUGUCAACGCGGCCGCUCGGAGCUGUGGACGCAGGGUCUCUGGUGCCUGUCGUGGUGGUAAUCCCCGAACCCGGUGGUGGACGCCGGAGGUAAGGGACGCCAUCAAGCUGAAGAAGGAGUCCUACCAGGUAUGGUUGACCUGUAGGACUCCUGAGGCAGCUGAUGGGUACCGGCAGGCCAAGCGUGCUGCAGCCUGUGCCGUUGCGGAGGCAAAAACUCGGGCUUGGGAGGAGUUCGGGGAGGCCAUGGAGGAGGACUAUCGCUCGGCCUCAAAGAGAUUCUGGCAAACCGUCCGGCGCCUCAGGAGGGGGAAGCAGUUCUUUACCAACUCUGUUUUCAGUGGAGGUGGGGAGCUGUUGACCUCAACUGGGGAUGUUAUCGGACGGUGGAAGGAGUACUUUGAGGAUCUCCUCAACCCCUCCGACAUGCCUUCUGCUGAGGAAGCAGAGGCAGGGGACUCAGAGGCGGACUCGCCCAUCACCCAGGCUGAGGUCACCGAGGUAGUUAGUAAGCUCCUCGGUGGCAGAGCAGCGGGGGUGGAUGAGAUCCGUCCUGAGUACCUCAAGUCUCUGGAUGUUGUGGGGCUGUCUUGGGUGACACGCCUCUGCAACAUCGCGUGGAGGAGGGGGACAGUUCCUCUGGACUGGACAACCGGGGUGGUUGUCCCUCUUUACAAAAAGGGGGACAGGAGAGUGUGUUCCAACUAUAGGGGGAUCACACUUCUCAGCCUCCCUGGGAAAGUCUAUGCCAGGGAUCUGGAGAGGAGAAUUCGGCCGAUAGGAAGACCUAGGACUCGCUGGAGAGACUAUGUCUCUCGGCUGGCCUGGGAACGUCUUGGGGUCCCACCGGAAGAGCUGGAGGAAGUGUCCGGGGAGAGGGAAGUCUGGAACUCUCUGCUUAGACUGCUGCCCCCGCGACCCGGCCCCGGAUAAGCGGAUGAAAAUGGAUGGAUGGAUGGAAAUGAAAAGGGACACUCGAAAGUUCACAUUCUGGACAGAGAGGACAAGUGCUUUUGGGGAGGGGUGAGGGAAGUGUUUCAUAUAUAAAUUACACCCUUCCUUAACAGAGGAUGAGGCCUCAGACACAAACUGUUUCCGAUUCAUCAUGCUGCCUUUUCAUCUAUUCCAAAGAAGAUCAGGACCACUUUAAGUGGUCAAAAAGAGGUCAAAAAGAGACAAACCCACGACUCUGUAACGAUGGAGGAGGAGCUUAGACGUUCAAACCUACUCACUCACCCCCUUGUUCUCAUAACGAGCCCAUCGUUACAGGUGGAGGAAAAACCUAACUGAAGGAUAAAUGUGUGACCUUCAGUCAACUUCCUUCAGACUAAAGAAGCCACCUGGAUUGGUAGCGAAAUGUUACUACUGAAAAGAAGAAUUCCAGUUAACAUGGCUCAACCUUCACACACUGACUACAAAGACUCAGGCAUGAACCUUUUUUAGUAUUUGCAAGCUUUUUUAACUUGCAGCUUCUCCAGUAAAGCCUGCCACAUCAAUGCAAUUUCUCAGAAUAAGGAUAUGAAACUUAAUCAACUGUCACAUUUACAGUUCAUCCCAAUCACAACAGCAACAAACCCCAUUCAGCAGUCGUGCCAGCGAUCACGAGUCUGUUGUUUGGAGCAAAAGAUCUACCUGCCAUGGAAAAAAGAUCAUAAAUUAAGCGAAGGAAACUUGAAGAAGACUUUACACAAUCAUGACAUUUUUUUUGCGUCCAACUAAACCUCAUGUUGUUUUUACAAUAAAAAAUCUAGUAAAGAUUGCAUGUGAUGUUACCUAUAUUGAAGAUACAGAUAUAAAUUUCUUGCAAAUUUUGAUGGUGAAUUGACGAUUUUCUGAAAUGUAAAUGUAAUAACAGUAGCACAGAAACUCAUAUGCUAUGCUAAGUUAUAAUAUAGUUAAACUAAAUUCAGUGUCACUGUUAAUCUUUUCAUGUUUUAUUAUUUUGAUGUACUUAUUUUGAAGUCAUACCCUGUCCAAAUAUUCUAUUGACUCCCCAACUCCCCGUUCAGUUGUUCUGUCCAUCAUGGCAGUGUUUAAAAUUAGUUUGGCUUCUCUUCUGUGGCCACAAGCACAGUUGGUCUGAAUGUUAGUGUUCUCUUAUUUUAGAAGGCUUUUCUCCUCUGCUACUGACUCAUCAUUAAUUCACUACAGGCCUCCUUGAAGUGAGAAUGUGAAAUGAAGGUGUAUGAAUUUCAACUUUUCACAGUCUGCUUGUGUACUUGACUGGAUAUGAAUUGUUUGCUGCCAUUUGAUAAAGCAUUGAUUGCAUGUGGGGCAGGAAACACACAUCUUGCAGGAAAACAAACCUCCUCCCUUGUCUGUUGAAACACCAACUGCAUUAUUGGGAAAUGCAUAUAGCACAAGACUUGAUGAUGUCUAAUGCUUGGCUUGCACAAUGUUCAGGAUGUAGAUACCAGGAUGUCAUGUGAGGUCUGUUGUUUCAAGGGGCAAGACAAAAGAAGUACCACCCAUCUAAGAAGUACAGCAACAUGACCCUUCCCUCGUGGAAGGACAACCACCUGCACGGGCGCCAAAUUGUCCAAGACCGCUGGCUGUAACACCCAAACUGGGAGAGUGGCUCCAGCAGAUCCCAGGAACAACAUCUGAGAUGUCUGUCCAGAAGAGUGCCGUCCUAGGAACAGCUAAGAUACUGCGCAAAACACUCAAGCUCCCAGGCCUCUGGUAGAGGACCCGAGCUUGUGGGGCAGGUGGGGAAUUUUUUUUAUAUUUUUUAUAUUUUUUAAUAUUUUUUUAUAUAUAUUAUAUAUAUAAUCUUGGUUAAAUCUGAUUAACGUUUAUAGUCCUCUUCUUUUCAUACAACUUGUGUAUUCUUCCUGUGAUGGUGAUUUUAGGUCUAUUAUUCAAUUCAUUUUUCAAUUCAUUAUUAUAUUAUUCAUAAUUACUACAGUACUACUAUAAUUGCUACAUUAUAACAGCAAACGCCAUACUAACUCUUCACAGUUAUUAUACAGACAACAGACACUGCUUUACAUAGAGUGUAACUCUAUGUGUAUAUUACUUGUGUUGCUUCCUAUACUUCGUGUCUACAACUUCCGGGUUUUAGCGCACGGAGAGGAUGCAAGGAAUCCUGGUUCAGGGCUGUUUUCGGUGUGUUAAUGACAAGCCCAGUUCGUUUUAACAACACAUUAAGUUAUUUUUGAACACAUGUAGUGAAACCUCGCCUAGUUGGAUUAUAGUUCCGCGGUGAAGCUGGGUUUUAUUGUGC